CCUACCCUUGAUCAAAGCUCGUUUUCUGUAAACGAUACAGGCUGGAGCGAAGGCUUACUUCAGAAUAUGGAGGACGAUACAGGUUAUUUGGCUUCCUUCUUGUUAUUUUGCUUUCAGGGAAUUACGGUUUAUUUGGCCCACAUCGUCAACCAUGUUGUACGAACAAGAAAUCUCAUCAUAUCAAAUAGUCGAAACUUGACUCUAGCUAGCGCAAAGGGAGAAGCGACUGAGGAGUUGAUAGAAGCUUCACGGGAUCAAGGUUUUGUCAGACCAACUGUUUUGAUUCUUUGCCCUUUCAAAAAAGAUGCGUUCGAUAUAGUGGAAAGGCUCGAACAUUUGAUUUUUGGAAAAAGUACGAACUUUGAAUUUCCAUUUUAUUCCUUACUACAAUCCUGCACCCCUUCAAUCUGUUUUUUUUUUUCUAUCUCUAAAAAAGUUCUCAAAUUGUUUGAAGCGUUUGAUAAGUCAGACAUCAUUCUUUGUUCACCUCUUGGUCUUCGCAUGAUUCUUGACGGAGAUGCUGGUAAAGAAAGCCAUUUGAUUUCCAGUAUUCAGAUAGCUGUUGUUGACAAGGCUGACAUCAUGUUACAACAAAAUUGGGAGCACCUCACAAUCAUUUUCUCACACAUGCAUACGCAGCCAUCCAAGAUAGAAACAGAUAUAUCGAGAGUUCGUCACUUUUACUUUUUAGAUGGUUUGUCCAAGUUUUACUGCCAACUGCUGCUGUUUUCACGUUAUGAGCACGAACUUUUUUCUGCUCUCAUCUUGGAACAUUCGCUAAACUUUCACGGUUUGGUAAUACCAAACGCAUUUUGCGUCGGUACACUUGACAAAAUUGAAAUACCAUUGUGUCAAGAACUACGACGUUUUGCUGUGAGCAGCGCUUCCGAACAAGCUAUUUCAAGGUUCAAUUGCUUUAAGGAAUAUUGUGCUGCCAGUUUACUUCCUGGCACUUGUGUAGUUAUCCCGUCCUAUUUUGACUUUGUCCGUGUGAGGAAUCACUUCAAAAGGAUUGAAGAAAGCUUUGUCGCGUGUCACGAGUAUGCACCAAAAACCAAGAUUCUCCGAGCCCGGGAUCUAUUCUAUCAUAAACAUAAGAAAGUGCUUUUGGUGACCGAACGAUAUUACUACUUCAAUAGAAAACCUCUGAAGGGCAUGGCGAAGAUAGUGUUUUAUCAGCUUCCUUCUCAUCCAGACUUAUAUAGCGAAUUUAUCAAUAUGGCGAGUUGUGAAGCUGCUCACAGGUUUAGCUCUGUGUUGUUUUAUUGCAAAUACGAUAGGAUUCGUCUACGGAAUACUUUUGGAACUGAAUUAGCUAAUUCUAUUUUGUCUUCAAGUAAAACAGUGCAGGUUAUAGUGUCGGAAUAA